AGACAAACGAAAACGAUGUAGAAGAAGAAAGACGUGUGCACGUGACGCGUCAUGCACGGGGCUCCUCUCUGCACGAUGCUUUCUUACCUGCUGUCUCGAAGUUUCUGCCAGGUGGUUGCGGAAGUAAACCGCAGGUCUUACCCGACCUGUGGCUCAGCUUUACGGGCUUUUACAACCUCGAGUCCCAAAUUCGAAGAAGCAUCCGAAAAUGCUUCAGUGGUGACCUACUCGGAGCUUAAGACCAUGCUGUCCAACCGAGACAUUCAGCUGUUUGAUGUGAGGAAUCCGGAUGAAUACCAGGCUGGACGUAUUCCAGAUGCCGUCAACAUCCCAUUGGGCAACCUGGAAGAGUCUCUGAAGCUGUCCCCAGAGCCGUUUCAGCAGAAAUUUGAAGCGAAGGCUCCUGGGAAAGAAGACGACAACAUCGUGUUUCACUGCAGAAGUGGCAAGAGGAGCUCCAAAGCGCUGGACAUCGCCCGUCAGCUGGGAUUUAGCAGGUCCAGACAUUAUGAAGGAGGUUACAGCGAGUGGGCUGAGAAGGAAGGGAGAUGAACCCGGGGCUGAAUUCUUGCUUUACUUCCACAGUUUAAUUUAGAAAUGCAGCUAAUACAAAAUGAUAAAUGAGCGACAUUCAGCUACACGUUAGAUUCACAUGAACAGUUUCUUUAUUACAUAUUAACUACGACUUUAUAGGUAAAUACCACUUUAAAGUUGUGCAUGUGCUGUGUAACCUUUUUAUUCAACCUGAUUUAAUGUGAAGGUGCUUGAUGUUUAUUAAAUUCUAUACAAAUCUCAA